ACACAUAAUGGAAAAUUUCACUAACUGUACACCGGCCAAUUCAGGAGAGGACAGCUCGUCAGAUUACUACGAAGGUUCGGAGAAUGACAUUCUCGUCUACCGAUAUUUCUUCGAGAGACAAAUUAUAUCGUCCGUGUUUUUCACCGCUGCCGUCCUGGGCGCCGUCGGUAACAGUUUUGUCGUCGUCGCUGUUGCAUUGUCCAAGAAGCUUCGGACGACAACCAACGUGUUUGUCGUCAAUCUAGCCAUCUGCGACAUGGUGACUUGUCUGUUCAUGCCGUGGCAGGCUGUGGCGAUCCUGGGUGGUGACGACUGGCCAAUACCGAACGCGAGAUGGAUCUGCGCCAUGGCAGGAUUCGUCAUCGUCAUUACCUUCGGCGGCAGUGUCAACAGCCUUGCUCUGAUCGCCGUCAACCGUUGGGUGGGCAUCACCAAGUCUCGCUUCACCACCCGUCGCAUUUACACCACCCGUAAGCUCGCCCUGAUGGUCAUCUUCUGCUGGACUAUACCGAUCUGCUCUGCCCUGACGCCUGUCCUGACAGACUUCGGUGAACUGGGCUACGAGAAGCUUUACUCUACCUGUACCUGGGACAGGUCCAACCCAUACUCGUUCUACUACAACAUGCUGAUCACGGUGCUCUACUACCCGAUUCAGCUGACCGUCAUCGUGGUCUGCUACGCGUCCAUCUUCUGUUACGUCUUCAAGACAUCGCGUAAGAUGACACGUGCUGACGCUCCGUCCAUCUCGGAGAAAGUCAGCGGCGGAGGUGCCAACCGCGCCAUGAGAAGAAAGCUGUGGAAGAGACAACUAGACGUUACCAAAAACCUGUUGUACAUCGUCUUGGCGUUCAUCCUCUGCCUCACGCCUUACUUCACGGCCAUCAUAGUUUCCGCGGACUGGACCUACCGUCUUACCCCCUGGGCAGGUAUGAUCUUGUUCGGAAACAGCUGCGUCAACCCAUUCAUCUACGCCACCUCGCAUCCAGAUUUCAAAGAGGCUUUCGGGCACAUGAUAAGGUGUCGCAAAAUUCCCAGAGGUGGGUCCAGCCAGCGGUACAAAUCAACAGUCCCCUCAAGCUCCCAAGUGAACCCAGGCUACACGACAGAAGACACUCAGAAACUCUGAACACCAGCCGCCAAAUAGACUCCUUCAAUAGAAAAAGCGGACCCAAAAGCGGUCUAUUUACUGUAUUUUAAACUGUCCUAUUUUCUCAUUAACAUAUUCAUGGAUCAAAAUUGAACUGAGCCAUAGCUCACCUCUCGCACAAGCACAUUUAGUGAGUAUUCUGCAUUAUUAACGCACGUCGAUUUUAAAGCUGUGCUCUAUAACUUGCAAGAAUGUCAAACACAAAAUCUUUAGCCAGAAACUUGAUAGAUCAAAGUGUUCUUCGAUG